AGAAGGAUCGUCUCCCGUUUGCCCAUCCAAAAAUGAAAAACAAAAAGUCCUUGAGGCAUGUCCACUGUCACAACAAAUGAAUAAUUUUUUCAAAUUCUAUUCACAGUUAGAUAAUAGAAGAAGUGCUGCAUUCUGAGAAAUUAUAAGAGAGUUGUGAAAAGAAGAAAAGCAAUUUUUUAGAUUUCACCAACCACCACAAGCACAAAGUUUCCAACAUGUUCGGCAACGCAGGCGGUAUCACCAGUCUCCUGAAGGAUGGAGGCAAGCACUUUGCGGGCGUCGACGAGGCUCUGCUGAAGAACAUCGAGGCGUGCAAGGAGCUGAGCAAAAUCGUCCAGUCCUCUUUUGGACCGAACGGCACCAACAAGUUGGUUGUGAAUCACCUCGGCAAGCACUUUGUGACCUCCGACACCGCGACCAUGUUGAAGGAGAUGGAAGUCGCGCACCCCUGCGGAAAACUCCUGGUCCAGGCCUCGUCCGCCCAGGAAUUCGAGUGUGGCGACGCGACGAACUUUUGCGUCAUGCUCGCCGGAAGUCUGCUGCACGAGGCGGAAUGCUUGUUGAAGGAGGGUCUACAUGCCGCGGACGUCCUGAAAGGGUACGAGCUCGCGUUGAAGAAGGUCUUGGAGGUGCUGGACGAUACGAAAACCACGUGCUGGACCCUGACCUCCGAGGGGCUGAAGAACGAGGGCGACGUUGGUCGCGCCGUGAAGACGGCGAUUUCGGCGAAGCAAUACGGGUUGGAGACGGAAUUGUCCGAAUUGCUCGCGAAAGCGGUCGUGCAGGUGACCCGGGUCAGCAAGUUCGAGAUGGACAACAUCCGCACCGCGAAGAUUCCGGGCGGCAGCUUGAGCAAGAUAUCAAAUGCAAAAAUGUCUGGGUUUGGAAGGAUGUGGAUGUGACUUGUGAUGCUAUCUCUGGAUUCUAAAACAAAUCUGUAUUGCGUGACCAGCAAGAGGGGUCGGGUUUGUCCUACGUGGAGAGGGCAUUUAUUUCUCAUGCGGUAGAGGUAUCACAAAGCCCUCCAAAAAUCUGUGAUGCUACGGCAUGCAUCACAGACAUCAGGGCUCAUGCAAAAUAUGCAUGACAAAUCUCGCAAUCUUCCAGACCCAGACACUUUUGCAUUUGAUACAAGAGCUUCGUGGUCGACGGCAUGGUCGUCCCCCGCGACACGCUCGGCGUGGAGAAGAAGAAAACGCAGGCGAAAGUCGUUGUCUACGGCAGCGGGUUCGAGUUCCAGCAGACCGAGGCCAAGGGGACGGUGUUGCUGGAAUCCGCGGAGCAAUUAUUGAACUACUCCAAAGUAUCGAGUGUAAAAAUGUCUGGGUCUGGAAGAGUCAUGCUGUUUCUGCAUGACACAGAAGGUCUGGCAUGGAAGCUCUAGCAUCACAGUUUUCGAGAAGCUUCCGCAAUGCCGAACCCGCAUGACAAAUCCCGCACUUUGGUGGUAGAAAGUGAGCAGCUUUUGCUACCUAUGCAUGAGAGAUUUUUGUGCGUUCUGAAAUGCGCAUGACAAGUUGCUUUGUUCCACACCCAGACAUAUUUGCAGUUCAUACAAGGGGGAGGAAUCCAACAUGGAGGCCUGGGUCCGUUCGCUCGCGGACGCGGGGAUUUCGGUCGUGAUUUCCGGUUAUGCAUUGCAAAAGUAUCGCACUAGUAGUAAUUGCAAUACAACUUUUCUCAGAAGGAAAAAUAGAGUUUGUAAUGCUGAUUUGGCUAAGAAACAAGUCAAGAUUUGUCAUGCAUGAUUGCAAUUAGUACGAUUACGAUACUUUUGCACAGCAUACCGGUGGCGCGGUGUCCGAGAUCGCCAUGCACUUUUUGGACAAGUACAAGAUUCUGGUGUGCAAGAUCGGGUCCAAGUUUGAGCUGCGCCGCAUUUGCAAAACGUUGAAGGCGGUCUCCAUCAUCCGUGCGGGCCCCCCGCUGCCGGAGGAAGUCGGCUUCUGCGACUCCGUGGCCGUGGAGGAGUUGGCUUCGCAGAAGGUGACCAUCUUCAAGACCGCGGAGAGCAAGAUCUCGACCAUUGUGCUGCGCGGGGCGACCGCGAACACCUUGGACGAGUGGGAGCGCGCGUUGAACGACGGUGUGCACGUGAUCCGCUGUGCGGCCAAGGACGGACGGUUCUGCCCGGGUGGGGCGGCGACGGAAACCAUGUUGGCAAGGGAGCUGCAGACGUUCGGGGCAACGGUAAUAAUUUUUCUAUUUCAUUUGUUAAAGCGCAUUUAAGAAACCGGCCGCUGGUCUGCAAGCCCUCGCUGUACUACAACUAGGCGAGCGACAAAUAAACCAGUCUUUUCAACAGCUGUCUUUGUUACUCAUGCUGAAAUGUUGGGCACAAAUACAACUAGUAUUGAAUGAACAGUGAAUUCUGUAGUCAAUUAUCUCGGCACGACCCCUGCAAGAACUACACAGGUCCCCGGCUUGGACCAGUACGCGGUCUUGAAAUUUGCGGAGUCUCUGGAGUGCGUGCCCAAGAUUCUGGCGGACAACUGCGGGAAGAAGGGGCGGGUGGAGACCAUCACCGGCUUGUACAAGGAGCAGGAGACAUAUGAGAGUGCACAACCCCGCCUCCCCCUCAUUUGUAUGGCAUGAACAGCAAUACAAGCAUCGGCAAGAGACGAGCAUGUUUUGCAUGACAAAUUUGCAUCGGAUUGUAGUCCUGUUUGGGCUGCCAGAACUUGUCAUGCAAACCGUGCAAAGAGGCAGCGUGUGGAUUUGGUAACUUGCAUGACAAAUAAGGGGAAGGGGUAGUUGUGCACUCUCAUAAGUCACAGUUUCAAAAAUCUACCCGAAAAACCAUCGGGAUCAACGUGGACCUGGAGGACGAGCAGUGCUUGCAAGACAGUUUGGAACAGGGUGUCCUCGACCACCUGGACUCGAAGAAGUGGGCCAUCAAGCACGCACUGGAGGCGGUGUUGACCGUGUUGCGAGUGGACCACAUCAUCAUGGCCAAGCAGGCGGGCGGAGGAAAAUAAGAUUUGAAGACUUCUCAAUAACGAAAUUGUUCUCGACGGAGAUUAUUUCUUUGAAACCACAAGUUUAGAAGUUUUUUUUUCAUGCGACAAUUGAUAUUGAAGACAACAUUUUUUCACUUCGGGGCAAAAACGUAGAAUCUGAAUCAUCUGUACCACCGAUGCUAUGUUGGACAUGAUGUUACACCGACGAUGUCUGUGUUGUCAUAUUUGCUGACGACAAAAACACUCGACGACAACUUUUUACAACUACUGGCUGCUGAGUUCUUUGUUUAUGUCUUUCGUAAAAAUAUUUUGGGCAAGGUCUUUCACUUUUUCAAAACGUAUUCGUCGUGCGUGCUGUGCUUCAAGUGUGCCUUGUUCUUUUCGGUCGUGGCCGGAAUAUCGACUUCACGUCAACAAAACGACCGGGUUUGUCGAAACCUUAGAAGCGUCAACGUUUAUUGAUCAAGAACCUCUAUUGAUCUACUCACUCGACCGAGAUUUCGUGCCGAAAAUGAUUUGCAGUUAUUGGUGCGUUUCGCGUACAAUGUUCUAGUUCUUCAUCAUCUCGCAAAAGAGUCAGCGCGACGGUCUGGCGCAAUCCGAAUUAUA